AUGAGUGCAGCCAAUACUGCUAAAGAAUGUGAAUCUUUUGAAUGUCAGCUUGAGCGGCUCUGGUGGCAUCGUGCGGCCGCGGCGCCCGCCCUGCGCGGGAGCGCUCGGGACGCGGAUCGGGGCGGAGCGGCCGGUCCCGUCCCGCCCCGCCCCACGGCCCCCCGGCUCCCCCCGCUCCCUGCUUCCCUCCCUGCUUCCCUCCGUCGCUCGCUGGGUGCCGCCGGCGCUGGCGGAGCAGCAGGCGGGCGGGAUGGCGGCGCGGGUGCUGCUCUGCUGGCGCUGUGCGCCGUGCUCGCUGCCGGCCCCGCGGCAGAACCGGCGGCGGGGGCUGCCAGCCGGCGGCGGCGGCUGAGCGCCGAGGAGGGCAUCUCCUUCGAGUACCACCGCUACGCCGAGCUGCGGGAGGCGCUGGUGGCCGUGUGGCUGCAGUGCCCCAUCAGCAGGAUCUACAGUGGGCGCAGCGCCGAGGGCCGGGAGCUCCUGGUCAUCGAGAUCUCGGACCGGCCUGGCGAGCACGAGCCCGGAGAGCCAGAAUUUAAAUAUGUUGGGAAUAUGCAUGGGAAUGAAGCUGUUGGAAGGGAGUUACUCAUCUUCUUGGCGCAGUUCUUGUGCAAUGAAUACCAGAAAGGAAAUGAUACUAUUAUCAACUUGAUCCAUAGUACACGUAUCCAUAUCAUGCCAUCUUUGAACCCAGAUGGCUUUGAGAAGGCAGCAUCCCAGCCUGGUGAACUUAAAGACUGGUUUGUUGGUCGAAGCAAUGCCCAAGGAAUAGAUCUAAACCGAAACUUUCCCGAUCUUGAUAGAAUAGUUUACAUUAAUGAGAAAGAAGGUGGCCCAAACAACCAUCUUCUGAAGAACAUGAAAAAAGCUGUGGACCAGAAUCCCAAGCUUGCUCCUGAAACGAAAGGUGUCAUUCACUGGAUUAUGGAUAUUCCCUUUGUGCUCUCUGCCAAUCUUCAUGGAGGAGACCUUGUUGCAAAUUAUCCUUAUGAUGAGACUCGGAGUGGCAGUGCUCAUGAGUACAGCUCCUGCCCUGAUGAUGCUAUUUUUCAAAGCCUGGCUCGCAGUUAUUCUUCUUUUAACCCUGCUAUGUCUGACCCAAACAGACCACCGUGUCGUAAAAAUGAUGAUGACAGCAGCUUUGUGGAUGGAACAACUAAUGGUGGUGCAUGGUACAGUGUCCCAGGAGGAAUGCAGGAUUUCAAUUACCUCAGCAGCAACUGCUUCGAAAUCACAGUGGAGCUUAGCUGUGAAAAAUUCCCACCUGAAGAAACUCUGAAGGGCUACUGGGAGGACAACAAGAACUCUCUUAUAAAUUACAUUGAGCAGAUUCAUCGAGGAGUGAAGGGUUUUGUUAAAGAUCUUCAGGGCAAUCCAAUAGCAAAUGCUACAAUUUCUGUGGAGGGGAUAAGCCAUGAUGUUACAUCAGCCAAGGAUGGUGAUUACUGGAGAUUGCUUGUGCCUGGAAAUUACAAAGUUACAGCCUCAGCACCGGGCUAUCUAGCAAUAACUAAAAAAGUGGCUGUGCCCUUCAGCCCUGCUGUUGUGGUUGAUUUUGAACUGGAGUCAUUGUCUGAAAGAAAAGAAGAGGAAAAAGAAGAGUUGAUGGAAUGGUGGAAGAUGAUGUCAGAAACACUAAAUUUUUAAAUGUGGAUUUUGGCUUUACAGCUUUUAAUCUAUUAUAUGUUGACUUAGUAUAAUGUACUGUGGAAACUCCCUAUAUUCUAGAUUUUGUGCACUUCACAAUAAUUAACUUCGAAUUUUUCAGUCAUCUUUUGAUUAAUAUGAUUACAAAUAACUACUAGUCUCCUAGGUAGAUAAAUGAGUUAAUAAUUUUCUUUCAUAUUGUUAUAGAAAAUUUACUCUUCUAUAAAAAUCAGAAAAAAAAUGAAUGAAUAUGCAGCCUGUAUGACAGUAAAAUCUGUUGUUUAUUAUUUGCAAGUUCAGAAUAUGUAGGUUAACACUUGGUUUUAGAAAAGAAAAUAUGCUGUAAUCAAUUACUGAUUCUGCCAGAAAUAUUUGACAGUGCAUAGUAGUAGACAGUGCUCUUCACUGAGUUCUAUAAUGGAUGUUAUUGAAAAGAUUUAUAAUAACAUUGUGUGGUGUAAUAAUGUUUUACAAGGAUUAAAAUUCAGUAUAAAACUUUGUAUGUCUCUGGUGUUGGAGCUAUUUAAAUAUGUAAGAAACAUAAGCUGACUUCAUUUUAGUAAGCAGAAAGAAUCUGCAUAAACUCUUAUUAAAGAUGGCAUAGAAUGAAUUCAGGAAAAAACAGAGAUUUAUUCCUUAAAAAGUUGAUAAUAUUUGCAGAUCAGGUUUUAAUUAUUUCUCAUUAUUUGUUAAGCAAAUUAGAAAUUCUGAGUGGGAGAAGAGGAACUAGUGCAUCUCAUUUAUAUGCUGCUUGUGUUUGCUUUACAGCAAGAAAAAAAAUCAUUUCAGGUGAUGUUUUAAUUAAAUAAUUACCUUUUCGACAAUCUUUACUUGUAUCAGUGAUGUCUAGAUAAUCAGUUAAAAGUUCAUCUUUCCACUGAAGGCUAUCAAAAUAUUACAGUUAGACAAUGAACUGGAAAUCUGCUGAGAUUGUAUUUUCAGUGUUGCAAGUCAAGACUGGAUUUUUUCAAGCUCUGUUUCUUCUACUAGUCUUAUCUAAAACAAGAAAUAAGACAGAUAAGUGAAUUCUUUUCAGUGUGGUGAAAUUUUCAGAAAAUUGUGGAAGAGGAUGCAAAAGCAACUUUGAUUUAAAAACAAAUUAUUUUUGCUCCCUUUUUGUUUUUUUAUACUUGAAUUAACAUGCUGUAGUACUUUGGCUAAGAUGAGUGAAAUCUGCAGAGCCAGGGAAUACACAUGGACCAUAGUAGGUGCAAGUUUGGUAUAAUUCUUCGGAAAUGGCUUCUGGUAUGCUACUUGAGAUAAACUAAGCAUCUCGUCUGUUUGAAAGCUUACAUAUAUUGCUAGUCUAUUUUAAUUCAAGAUCAGAUAUUUGAUACAGAUUUCCUUCCUCUGUUUCUUUAAUACCACUCUCUGUGUUUUGCUUAGCAUAUUAUUUUAGCUGAUGAUUAUUUGGGACCAAUCAAGAGUGCACUAUCACACUCCUUCUGUAAGUGAAAAACACAUAGUCAGGAGUAGGAUCCAAAUAUAUCUCCCUUGGGUAUUAAAAAAUUUACUGCAAAUACUGUUUUCUGAGAAUUUUAAAUUCUUUAAUAAAAAUAGCACUUGAUCCUUUUAAGGAACAGACUAAGGUUUGAGACACAAUGGUAAACUGAACAGCAAUAAAAAAAGCAUAAACUUUGUCUCUCAGAUCAAGAGUUUGUGAUGUAACCUGUAUCUCAUUUGGGUUGUAAAUGUCAAACUCCAAAUUUCAGAGGAAAUUUACUUACUAUAAGUCCUUAUAUAGUGAUGAGUUUUGAAUCUUCAUUGCAAUGAAAAACCUCGGUGGGUUUUAAGAAUCUUAUCUGAAUCUUUAAAAGAAUCUUAUCUGAAUGUGUCUCAAUAACACCUUGUGGCUAGCUGUGCACAAGAGAGUACAUUAAGGAUGCCUGAUUAUGCCACCUUGGGUGUCUAUAUGACAGUUUGAAAGGCCAAGAUGUAGCACAGAACACACUGUGUUGAAGUGAAUGGUACAAAAAUAAAUUAUAUCCAGAUGUUGCUGUCAUGUGGGCAAAUGACUACAAGAGUGUAAACUAAUGUAAUAAGGCAAGUGUAUAUUUGUACAGAACAUCCUGGUCUGCCUCUUCCAAACCUAAGAAUUUCAAUCCAAAUGACACUUCCUAGUAUGAUGCUUGUCAUGCAUCCAGUCUUCCUGUGGCAUAGUUAGUGCAGACAUUACAUCAAAGUGAUCUCAUAACAGGUUUCUAAUCCAUACCUGUGUGAUAUGUGUGGGAUCCUCUGGUCUACUGUUUCAUACAUUUGAAAAUAAAUGUGGUGUCCCUUAAGUGAUCUGUUUGUUUUGCUCUAGAUGACUGCUUGCUAUUACUGUGUUCAGAACAGGUUAAAGUGAUUAAAUGUUACAGCACCAGAACCACUGCCACUGUUCUUGCUCUAGGUAAUCCUUAAGAACAGCGUAGCCAGAACUCUCAAUAAAUUAAUUCAUUAUGUAGUUUUUUGAGCUGAGCUGAGCUGUGUUGUAGGACUGUGUAUGUUUAAUGGAAGAUUAAAAUGUUAUGUGAUGCUGAGCUUUUGGUUAAAAAGGCACAUGCUGUACUGUUGUACAAUAAAUCUACAGUUUUAUUUAAAAUGUAAAA